CUUCUGUCUCUGUCCUUCACUUCCGCCGCGUCUCCUUAUCGGCCAUUUUUAAUUUAACUCUUUCAGGAAAAGUUAUGUAAACACAACAAAGCUACCAAAGGCGUUGAUGGUGACCUUCGCCAAACACACAUCAUCUGUAUGAUCACUCGAUGUGAUUAAGAAUAGGUGUGAGAAGAGGACGACCCCGGGACUGUGAGCUGCAGAGGGAACACUGAGAGCAGCCUGUGAGAACAUAAUCAGUAAACCGGGCUAUUUAAGGAGGGAGAGCGAGAGCAGAGGAGCUCUACAACCCGAGCACCGGAAUGUGUGUGUGUGUGUGUGUGUGUGUGUCUGAGAGAGAAAACCGCUUCCGCUGAAAAGUGAGAAUAAAACUGUUUUGCGAACUCAGUCUUUGUCCUGCCGUCCUCUGUGCUCCACCCACAUCCAGCGAACAUUUACAGUGGUGCCGAAACCCGGGAUCGUGGAGCACCUGUCCUGCAGCCCCAUGGAAUCCUCCCCGUUCGCGGACUUGAUCCACGCCCUCGCCACGGCUCAGCAGAGCCAGCACCAGGCUCUCGUCACGCUCCGGAAGGAGCAGGAGCAGCGCUUCGAAGCCCUGGUGCUGGCUCAACAGGAAGACCGAGAGGCGUUCCGGCGCCUCCUCGCGUCGGCGGGGUCCACCAGCGCACCGGCCGCGGGCCCGUCUCCCAUCACCUUGACUAAGAUGGGCCCGCAGGACGACCCCGAGGCAUUCAUCGCGUUGUUCGAACAGGUCGCCGAAGCCUCGGGGUGGCCGGUGGAGCAGCGCGCGGCGCGCCUCCUCCCCCUCCUGACGGGAGAGGCGCAGUUAGCCGCACUACAGCUCCCCGCCGACCACCGGCUGGCCUACGCCGACCUUCGCCGGGCUGUCCUCCAGCGCGUGGGGCGCACGCCGGAGCAGCAGCGCCAGCGCUUCCGCGCGCUGCGAAUGGAGGAAGUCGGCAGCCCAUUCGCGUUCGGCCAGCAGCUCCGGGACGCCUGCUGGCGGUGGCUGAGGGCCGAAGAUCGCGACGCCGAGGGGAUCAUCGACCAGGUGGCGCUGGAACAAUUCAUCGCCCGCCUACCCGCCGGAACCGCGGAGUGGGUCCAGUGCCACCGCCCGGCGUCGCUGGAUCAGGCCGUAGGACUGGCGGAGGAUCAUCUGGCGGCUGUCCCGGCGGCAGGACAACGGCUGUCAUCUUCUCUCUCCUCUUCUCUCUCUCUCUCUCUUCCCCCUCCUCCCGUGUCCCGUCCUCGCCCCAUUCCCCCACCACGGAGGCGGGGGCCGGCUCCACCCCAGCCGGCCCACCGCACCCGUGGUGCCCUCCCGUUUCUCCCUUCUGUGUCUGUCUCUCCCCCCCCUCAGGUGAGUGACCCUCAAACCACAGCUGCAGAGGGGAGGCCCGGGCCGGUUUGCUGGCGCUGCGGGGAACCGGGCCACCUGCAGCAACAGUGUGUCGCGAUGGAGGUGGGGGCGGUGGUGCGGAUCCCCGACGCGCCAGAGGCUGCCCUCGAUCAGGCCGGAGCAUAUCGCAUACCGGAAAACAUGAGGAAAAAGCAGAAUGUGAAAAACAGGAAGGCAGAAGAGACCACAGUUGUGCAGGAGUUUGCUGUGGAAAAAAUAAUUCGUCGAAGAGUCAACGAUGGAAAAGUUGAAUACUAUCUGAAGUGGAAAGGCUUCACCGAUGCUGAAAACACUUGGGAGCCGGAGGACAAUCUGGACUGUCCAGAGCUGAUUGAAGAGUUUCUCAGAAAUUUGGCUGUCUCAGGUGAGACAGAAAGAAAGGACAAUCUCCCUCUUGAUCCUGUUGUUCAACCCAAAGAAGAACAGACAGAGCUGGAUGCUAACAUUCAGCAUCAGCAACAGUCUGAGAAAGAACAGACAAUGUGUGAGACUGGGGAGUCUGCAGAUCACAACAUUCAGACCACCAACAACCAACCUCUCAUCCAAGAACCAGAACGCAUCAUUGGCUCCACUGAUCGAGAAGGAGAGCUCAUGUUCCUCAUUAAAUGGAAAGACACCGAUGAUGUGGCACUGCUGUCAGCCAGGGAGGCCAGUAUAAGAUGGCCCAAGAUGGUUAUCAAUUUCUAUGAAGAUAAGCUUAGCUGGCACGAGGAAGAGGAGCAGUGACGGUGAACUGAAGAAUACAUUUUGGCAGCUUUUAAAGUUUCCUCUCAAACAUGUCCAUUGGGUUUUCCUGUCUGUGAAAGUUCUUGUUGUGAAAGGUCUUGUUGUGAAAGUGUGUAAAUCCCCAGACACUGUGAAACAUGUCAUAGCACACUGAACUGCACUGUAGGGUGAUGUCUUAUCAACUCAUCUAGAUUAUAGAAUGAAUGGUUGGAAAAAUUGGUGCUGUAUUUGAACUGUGGGUCUGUUUAAAAUGUUACCUUAUUGCUUUACUGUCUUUCAAAUUUGACAUGGCUUGAAAAUGCCUAAGGGGUCACAUCAUAUACUAAUGAGAACUUGCGUAUUACUGUAGGUGUAAUCACUGUUACUGUUGGUCUCUGUGUUGCUGUUUUAGCACCUUCUUCUUCUUCUACUGUGAUUAAGACCAGUGAUCUGUGAAAUUUGUAGUUUUGUUCAUUUGCACAAAGAAAUACAAAUGUAGCAUUUAAGACCAUGUUUUCUUUAAAAGCACUCAGAGCAGAGUGUGAUAUUACAUCUCUGCCAGUGCAGUGCGUUAUGUUGUGAAAUGUAGUUUGUUUCACUUUCGUAGUCUCUUUAUGGUUUAUUAGGGGUUUUAAUGAGGAUCAAGAAACUACUGUUGACCUUAAUAAAUGUCAGAUUAAAUUGA